CAACCUCUUACAACUCAGCAGCUCAUCCUUAAAUCCCAUCUGCCAUGGAAAAGAAAAUGAGAACAAAAAUAUGAAGAUAUCUGAUUGAUGAAGGUUGAGGAGGAGAAGGCUGGGGUCAGAAAGCUGGACCCCACAAGCUAUACGAGGAGAAAACCAGGUCAAGAUUGUCCUUCCAUCCACAUCGGACUUCCAGUUCCCAGUUACUCUCAAAGAAAAAGUGACCAGAAGGGACAUCUCUCGAGCCUCCAAAAAGUUCACUGGAGUCUGCGGCCAGACAAGCCCCAACAAGAGCUGGCUGGUCCAGGAACCAACAGCUGGGGAGGUAGCACGGAUCUCAUCAACAGGACUCGGUCUCCAGCUGCUGAGCAGCUCCAGGACAUCCUGGGGGAGGAAGAUGAGGCUCCCAACCCCACGCUCUUCACAGAGAUGGACACUCUGCAGCAUGAUGGAGACCAGAUGGAGUGGAAGGAGUCAGCCAGGUGGAUAAAAUUUGAAGAAAAGGUAGAGGAAGGAGGCGAGCGCUGGAGUAAGCCCCACGUGUCCACGCUGUCCCUGCACAGCCUCUUUGAGCUCCGCACCUGCCUGCAGACGGGGACAGUGCUGCUGGAUCUGGACAGUGGCUCCUUACCACAGAUCAUAGAUGAUGUCAUUGAGAAGCAGAUAGAAGACGGGCUUCUACGACCAGAACUUCGGGAAAGGGUCAGCUAUGUGCUCCUGAGGAAGCAUCGCCACCAGACCAAGAAGCCCAUCCACCGUUCCUUAGCCGACAUUGGAAAGUCAGUGUCCUCCACCACGAAUCGCAGCUCUGCUCGGAGCUCCACGCCAGGCCCCAGUCUGCACCGCUCCACGGAGGACCUGAGGAUGCGGCAAAGCACCAAUUACGGACAGCUGUGCCAUGUCCAGAGCAGAAGCAUGAAUGACAUCUCUCGUACCCCAAACACAGACCAGCGAAAAAACAAGUUCAUGAAGAAGAUCCCCAAGGACUCAGAAGCCUCUAAUGUGCUUGUGGGGGAGGUGGACUUCCUGGACCAGCCAUUCAUCGCAUUUGUGCGGCUCAUUCAGUCUGCCAUGCUGGGAGGGGUGACGGAGGUGCCUGUCCCCACGAGAUUUCUGUUCAUACUGCUGGGACCUUCUGGGAGAGCAAAAUCCUACAAUGAAAUUGGCCGGGCCAUUGCAACCCUUAUGGUAGAUGAUCUCUUCAGUGAUGUGGCUUACAAAGCCCGGAACCGGGAAGAUCUGAUCGCAGGGAUCGAUGAGUUUCUAGAUGAGGUCAUUGUCCUUCCCCCUGGAGAAUGGGACCCGAACAUCCGAAUUGAGCCGCCCAAGAAAGUGCCCUCUGCCGACAAGAGGAAAUCCGUGUUCUCGCUGGCCGAGCUGGGUCAGAUGAACGGCUCUGUGGGCGGAGGCGGUGCCUCGGGCGGCGGGGCUGGCGGCGGGGCCGGCGGCGGAGUGGGCAGCGGGGACGAGGCCGAGAUGCCCGCUGUGCACGAACUCGGAGAGGAGCUGGUCUGGACCGGAAGGUUCUUUGGCGGGCUGUGUCUGGAUGUCAAGAGGAAGUUGCCCUGGUUCCCAAGUGAUUUUUACGAUGGCUUCCACAUCCAGUCCAUUUCUGCCAUCCUAUUCAUCUACCUCGGCUGUAUCACCAAUGCGAUCACCUUUGGUGGGCUUCUGGGGGAUGCCACCGACAAUUAUCAGGGUGUAAUGGAGAGCUUCCUGGGCACUGCCAUGGCUGGCUCCUUAUUCUGCCUCUUCUCGGGACAGCCCCUCAUCAUCCUGAGCAGCACAGGGCCCAUCCUCAUCUUUGAGAAGCUCCUCUUCGACUUCAGCAAAGCCAAUGGCCUGGACUAUAUGGAGUUCCGCCUCUGGAUUGGCUUGCACUCAGCCAUCCAGUGCCUUAUCCUGGUGGCCACAGAUGCCAGCUUUAUCAUCAAAUAUAUCACCCGCUUCACAGAAGAAGGCUUCUCCACUCUCAUCAGCUUCAUCUUCAUCUAUGACGCCAUCAAGAAGAUGAUUGGUGCCUUCAGGAACUACCCCAUCAACACGGACUUCAAGCCUGACUCCAUCACCACAUACAAAUGCGAGUGCGUCGCCCCUGACACAGUGAAUACAACUGUGUUCAAUGCCUCAGUCCCACUGACGCCAAACAUGAAUACUUCUCUGUACAACCCCCUAAACCUCACAGUGCUUGACUGGUCCCUGCUGAGCAAGAAGGAGUGUCUGAACUACGGCGGGCGCCUCGUUGGGAAUUCCUGCCAGUUCAUCCCAGACCUGGCACUCAUGUCCUUCAUCCUUUUCUUCGGGACGUACUCCAUGACACUGACCCUGAAGAAAUUCAAGUUCAGCCGCUAUUUUCCCACCAAGGUGCGGGCCCUGGUGGCUGACUUUUCUAUUGUUGUCUCCAUCCUACUAUUCUGUGGAAUUGAUGCCUGUUUUGGCCUGGAAACUCCAAAACUACACGUGCCCAGUGUCAUCAAGCCCACGCGGCCUGACCGAGGCUGGUUUGUGGCCCCCUUUGGGAAGAACCCAUGGUGGGUGUACCUCGCAAGUAUCCUGCCUGCCUUGCUGGUGACCAUCCUGAUCUUCAUGGACCAGCAGAUCACAGCUGUCAUUGUCAACCGGAAGGAGAACAAGCUGAGGAAGGCUGCCGGCUACCAUCUGGACCUGCUCUGGGUGGGCAUCCUCAUGGCCCUGUGCUCCUUCACGGGGCUCCCCUGGUACGUGGCCGCCACAGUCAUCUCCAUCGCCCACAUCGACAGCCUCAAGAUGGAGACAGAGACCAGUGCCCCUGGGGAGCAGCCCCAGUUCCUAGGGGUCAGGGAGCAGAGGGUGACCGGCAUCGUGGUCUUUAUCCUGACAGGAGUCUCCGUCUUCCUGGCUCCUAUCCUGAAGUACAUCCCCAUGCCGGUGCUGUACGGAGUCUUCCUCUACAUGGGCGUGGCUUCCCUGCAUGGGAUCCAGUUCUGGGAGCGCUGCAAGCUGUUCCUGAUGCCCGCCAAGCACCAGCCAGACCACGCCUUCCUGCGCCAUGUGCCCCUGCGCCGGAUCCACCUUUUCACACUGGUGCAGAUCCUCUGCCUAGCCAUGCUCUGGAUCCUCAAGUCCACCAUGGCUGCCAUCAUCUUCCCAGUCAUGAUCCUGGGCCUCAUCAUUGUUCGAAGGCUUCUGGAUUUCAUCUUCUCCCAGCAUGACCUGGCCUGGAUCGACAACAUCCUCCCAGAGAAGGAGAAAAAAGAGACAGACAAGAAGAAGAAGAGAAGGAAAGAGGACAGUGAUGAGGAGGAAAAAGAUCUUCCAGUUGGAGUUACUCCCUCUGAUUCUUCCUUCAGUGGCUCAGAACUGGAUCGAAGCAUCACCUUGCACUUCAAAAUCUCUUGUCCGGCUUCACCUGCUUUCAGCUACUCACGGAGCCCAGUGUUCAUGACACCCCAGGUGAAGAUAGAGAUGGGAUCCGACCUGGACUUUACAGACACUGAGGCCUAUCGAAGAGAGGCUGACGCGGAAACCACCCUCUAGUGGCCACAGCUCUUCCAGACUGCUCAGUCUUCACGACAGCCUGGCUCACACCCUUCAUUCACUUCUCUGUGCCUGUUCUUUUCACCAACUUUGAAAACUGGAUAUUUUUUCAAUGAACGGUCCUACAUAAACACAAAGCUCUCCCUUUUUUGCAGUCAUUAAAACACCUAUAAAUCCUAUCUUAAAAUGCAGUCCAAGCUGGGCGUGGUGGUGCAUGCCUUUAAUCCCAGAGGUAGGAG